AACAUCUUUUUUUUUUCUUUUUUUUUAAGUUACUGUCCUAAGAUUUGUAUUAGCAAGCAAGCCAAUUAAUUAGGCCAACUGUGCUAAGAUCAGCAUUUAUGAGUUAAAUAAUACUAAGCCGAUAAUGUUGUAAUUAAUGAUCACUUAUUACCCUACUCGUCGUACAUAUAAAAGGAAGGAGGGGAAAAAAACAUCUAUUGAGGACGCAUCCUGGUGGUGUUGUUUUUUGUUGUUGUUGUUUUUUUACCUCUUAUGCAUUGAAGUAUAUUUUUAUACAGUUCAUUAUUUAUUAUUGUAAUUUCCCAGCAGUCGGUAUCAACAUUAUGAACAGCAAAUGCGCAAUUUUUAAUCCCAAAUAUGGGCUGGAAAUGUAACUAGUUCCGCCCCUCUGAACCGUUACGUCCUAUGGAAUAAGAAAACGGCAUAGUCUGAGGACAACUCCCAGCCUGGAAACUUCGGGGCAAGCAGGAAAAAGACAUCACCAGACAUAUUAGAUAUAAUAAAAGGUUAUUUCAUCGGGAAGUCAUACUAAUUAGAUUUUUUUUCUUCUUCUUCAUUUUUCUUUAACUGAUGGACGAUUUAGGAGUGUGUGAUACAUCCAACUACCCUCUCAGUCCCCGUAUUGUUAUGUUUGAUGCCCUUCUUGCUGAUCUGGAAAAUUCAGCCUUUCCUCUGGGUUGCUAUCCUGUUCUGCUCACCUCUGACCCUCCAGUGAAUUCUGAUCCCCCAUCCAGUGCUCAGGAUCCUGCCCAGAACCGGCCACUUCCUCCAGCAUACACCCCCCAACAAACAGUUUCUGCUGCAAUGAAAUCGAACGGCUCUCAGAACUCUAACCAAGACAAACUUUACAGUACAGUGUGUAAACCACGCUUCCCGCGUACGGCAGACCCUCCUCCUGCUUUCUCCUCCACCUCAGUUCUGGGAGGAGGGCUGAGUGAACUUGAUCACUUACUACAGGAGCUUAAUGCCACACAGUUCAACAUCACAGAUGAGAUUUUGGCACAAUUCCCCAGCACCAAAAAAGAAGAUCAAUUUUCAAAGUCUGGUCCAUCCUCUACUGGGUCAGCGAAACCCUCAGCUACAUCUGCUACUUUAGAGCUGGACAAACUAAUGGCGUCUCUAUCAGACUUCAGAGUCCAAAGCACACCAGCAGCACCUGUGGGUCCUGUGGCAUCUUCAUCACAGCAAACAGCUUCUCCAACCUCUGCAUCCUCUGGAGGCUCAUUGGACAGCAUGUUGGGUCUUCUCCAAUCAGAUCUGAGCAGGCAGGGAGUGCCUACCUCCUCUAAGGGAAACUGUUCCGCCUGUCAGAAACCAGUUGUAGGACAGGUUGUAACAGCUCUGGGACGGGUAUGGCAUCCAGAGCACUUUGUUUGCUCUGAGUGUGAGUGUGAGCUUGGCAAUUGUAAUUUCUUUGAGAAAGAUGGUCGACCAUACUGUGAGCCUGACUACUUCACCCUGUACUCACCUCACUGUGCACAAUGCAACAAGCCCAUUCUCAAUAAAAUGGUGACUGCGCUGGAUAAAAACUGGCAUCCAGAAUGCUUUAGCUGUGUGAAAUGCAGCUCAACAUUUGGAGAUGAAGGUUUUCAUGACCGUGAUGGCAAGCAGUACUGCCAGAAGUGUUUUCUGGCCCUCUUUGCCUCUCGUUGUCAAGGUUGUUCCCAGCCCAUCAUGGAGAAUUACAUCUCAGCUCUAAGUGUUCUGUGGCAUCCUCAAUGCUUUGUUUGUAGGGAAUGCUAUAGCCCAUUUGUGAACGGGAGUUUCUUUGAGCAUGAGGGACAACCCUUGUGUGAAGCUCACUACCACCAAUCCCGAGGAAGUGUGUGCCAGGCAUGCCAGCAACCCAUCCUGGGGCGCUGUGUCACUGCAAUGGGUGCCAAGUUUCAUCCACAGCAUCUGGUGUGCCACUUCUGCCUGAAACCCCUCAGCAAAGGGUGCUUCAAAGAGCAGGACAACAAACCAUACUGCCACCCCUGCUUCAUCAAACUCUUUGGCUGAGGAGAGUGAGGAAAUAUGAUAAAGCAGAUUACUCAACUGCCAUCUAGAUUUUCAUGAAAAAAAAAAAAAAAUGUUGCCAAAUAUACAUUGGCCAGAUGUACUGUAUGUGGACAUAUCCUUCUCAUUAACAGAUAUAACUUCUUAACACUUUUUAAUCUUAAAGGUGUACUAUGCAGGAUCACCCAACCCAAGUAGUGGUAAUGUUCGUACAUUUCUGUGCUGCAACCUUUUUUGCCAGAUGCAGCUUCAGAGUUCAGGCUGCAUGUGUUCUUGCAGCUGAUAGUAUGACAGGGGUAUUGAGGAGCAUUUGAGUAGCUUUAAGAUAAAAAAUAAAAAAAAGAUAAAAAAAAAGAUAGGGGUAGUCAAACCUGGUAAUUAUAAGGGGGUGAGUCAAUUGCAUAUUUUUGGCCUGUUUUCCAAUUGCUUUUCAAACCUGUCCUGUCCAAAAUGUACAAGGGUUGGGGGUCCCCAGGACAGGUUUGAGAAGCAUUGAUAAAUAUAUCACUGAUAAAUAACAGUGAUUAAUGAAUUAAUACAGAUUUUACAGGGAAAGUCUGAGCCUUAUCAAUCAUACCAACAAGCUCAGGUCAUGUAUUUGCCUAUUCAUCAGCUGAUGACUUAUUUAUCUGGGUUAAACAAGAGAGACAACCAAAAUGUGCAGUACUGGGGAGGGUCUAGAAAUAGUUUGAAAACCCUGGACCACAAAAAUCAAACCAUACUUUAUCCAUAUUAUAUUAAGUUUAAUAAUAAUUGUAAUUAUCAAUACAACAACUUUGCAUAAGUAUAUAUUAAUAUUAUAAAUCUAAAUAUAAAAAAAACUCUGUAUGUUUUUAUAUAUAUAUAUAUAUAUAUAUAUAUAUAUAUAUAUAUAUAUAUAUAUAUAUAUAUAUAUAUAUAUAUAUAUAUAUACAGUAUUGUUGAAAAUAAUAGCAGUACAAUGUGACUAACCAGAAUAAUCCAGGUUUUUAGUAUAUUCUUUAUUGCUACAUGGUAAACAAGUUACCAGUAGGUGCCUUAGAUUCUCAGAAAAAACACAAGACCCAGCAUUCAUUAGAUGCAUGCUCAUAAGGCUGUGCAAUUGGGCAAAUAGUUGAAAGGGGUGUGUUCAAAAAAAUAGCAGUGUGGCAUUCAAUCACUGAGGUCAUCACUUUUGUGAAAAAAAGUGUGAAUUUGGUGACCCAUAUUUAAGGAUGAAGCCAGCACUUGUUGAACAUGCAUUUGAAAGCCUGAGGAAAAUGGGUCAUUCAAGAAAUUGUUCAGAAGAACAGCGUACUUUGAUUAAAAAGUUGAUUGGAGAGGGGAAAAUCUAUAGAGAUACAAAAAAUUAUAGGCUUUUCAACUAAAAUUAUCUCCAAUGCCUUAAAAUGUAGAGCAAAACCAGAAAGAUGUGGAAGAAAUUUUAAGACAACCAUCAAAAUGGAUCGAAGAAUAAUCAGAAUGGCAAAGGCUCAGCCAAUGAUCAGCUCUAGGAUGAUCAAAGACAGUCUGGAGUUACGUGUAAGUACUGUGACAGUUAGAAGACGUCUGUGUGAAGCAAAUCUAUUUUCAAGAAUCCCUCUGUUAAAAAAAAAAAAUAAUAAUAAUGUGCAGAAGAGGUUACAAUUUGCCAAAGAACACAUCAACUGGCCUAAAGAGAAAUGGAGGAACAUUUUGUGGACUGAUGAGAGUAAAAUUGUUGUUUUUGGGUCCAAGGGCCACAGACAGUUUGUGAGACGACCCCCAAACUCUGAAUUCAAGCCACAGUACACAGUGAAGACAGUGAAGCAUGGUGGUGCAAGCAUCAUGAUAUGGGCAUGUUUCUCCUACUAUGGUGUUGGGCCUAUUUAUCGCAUACCAGGGAUCAUUGAUCAGUUUGCAUAUGUCAAAAUACUUGAAGAGGUCAUGUUGCCUUAUGCUGAAGAGGACAUGCACUUGAAAUGGUUGUUUCAACAAGACAGUGAUCCCAAACACACUAAUAAAUGAGCAAAGCCUUGGUUCCAAACCAACAAAAUUAAUGUUAUGGAGUGGUCAGUCCAAUCCCCGGACCUUAGUCCAAUCGAGAACUUGUGGGGUGAUAUCAAAAAUGCUGUUUCUGAAGCAAAACCAAGAAAUGUAAAUGAAUUGUGAAAUGUUGUUAAAGAAACAUGGAGUGGAAUAACAGCUGAGAGGUGCCACAAGUUGGUUGACUCCAUGCCAUACAGAUGUGAAGCUUUUUUAAAAAACUGUGGUCAUACAACUAAAUAUUAGUUUAGUGUUUCACAGGAUUGCUAAAUCCUAGAAACAAAAACGUUUGUACAAAAUUGUUUUAAGUUUGUACAGUCAACGGCUGUAGUAAAAACCUGGAUUAUUCUGGCUAGUCACAUUGUACUGCUAUUAUUUGGAACAAUACUGUAUGUAUGUAUGUAUGUAUGUAUGUAUGUAUGUAUAUAUAUAUAUAUAUAUAUAUAUAUAUAUAUAUAUAUAUAUAUAUAUAUAUAUAUAUAUAUAUAUAUACAAUUAGUUAUUGUUUAUAACGCCACUUGUUCAUCAAGAAUACCAAAUACAUUUUUGGUAUUCCUCUUGUUGCUCUGGUGCAUUACAUUACACACCAUACUGUUCGUUGUUAGGAGGUUUUGAAAUUAGGGUGGGCAACAAAAUAUUUUAAAUAACCAAUUUCACUUUGAAAGCCCCUUCCCUUCAGAGGAGCCUCCAAGAUUAGCAAAUCAAAGCGUAAUGCUCUUAUAUAUGUUAAAGGCGUAAAAGGAAAGCCAUUUGAAAUAUGAAGGAAAGGAAAAAAGGAAAGUAAUUUGAAAUAUAAAAUGUGUAUCAGAAAAGAACUACAAAAUAUAGGCUUUAUAAUAUUUUUUUUAUUUAUAUAUUACUUUGCAACUUCAAGAUUUUUACCUAUCAUCUUUAACUUUUGAGCAGAGUGGAAAAUUACAUACCCAAACUUAAAUCUUCGCAGUUUAUGACUGCUUCACACUACAGGCCUAAUCACUGUCUUUUUUUUUUCAAAAUUGUUUUGUUGGUUUUCAAUGAACAUAAAACAUCAUAAACAGUUUACAGUAAGAUAUUGUCCAUAAUUAACUCCUUACAUGGUCCCCAUCCCACCAUCCAAUAGCUAAAAAUAAAUAAACAAUCUCACUACAAAGAUCUUCUAUAUAAAUGAACAUUGUGUACCAUUGCCAGUUACAGGCACACAUUACACUUAAUGUAAUUUAAAAAGGGAUCCCAAGUCUUGUAAACAGAUGUAAGUGAACCAAAGAGUACAUAGCUUAUUUUUCCAGUCCAAUACAGUGAAAAAUGUCCUGUAUCCUCCUGUCAUGUGUUGGAGAAGCAUACCUCAACUUAAGAAGGAUGGCCCGUCUGGCCAAGAUUGUAAUAAAAGCAGGGACUUUACGAUCUUCGGGCAAUCAAAUCAGGCAUAGGGGAAACCCCAAAUAGGGCUAUAAUUGGAUCAGGGCCAAUAUUAGUGUUAUUAGCUUUUUUAAGCGUCUGAAAUACAUUAGACCAAAAGGUCACCAGCUGCGGACAAGUCCAAAACGUGUAUAUGGUUGGCAGGAGAGAGUUUACAAUGGUUGCAGGCAGCACUCUUGUCUGGAAAGAAUUUUGCUAAUUUGGCAUUGGUUAAGUGUGCUAGAAAUAGUAUUUACAUUGCAUUAAGCCAUUCCUCGCACAUAUGGAAGAAGUACGUACCUGGUUCAAGAUGUUAUGCCAUAGAUCCUCUGUAAUAAUAACACCGAAGUCUUGCUCCCAGGUAUCUUUAAGAGUUGCAUUAGUGUCAGAAUUAAUAGAAUUUAUUAAAUUAUAAAUGACUGAGAUUAAAUGCCUGUGGUUGGCAUUUAAAGCAAGAAAGUGAUAAAAAAAAAAUUCAGGGGGAUGAUUGGAAAGAAACAAAUACUCCCUCAUCAUAGAGGUCACUAAUCUUGAGAAGGCCAUUAGAUGACCAGAGAUGAAAUGCAGGGUCUGAACUAGACUGGGGGAGAAAGUAGUUAUUGAGGAUGGACAUAUAAAUGGAGCCUCUAUAUAAACCGUAAUGUUUCCUAAAUUGGAUCCAAAUAUAAAGUACAAAAUACAAAUACAAAGAACUAGUGAAUACUGGGUUAUAUGAAACUUUGUUUACAUCUAAGGGAAGUUAAGAACGAACAACCGACUAGAGGGUGCUUUUCAUUGAUGAUGUUUCUGUAUGUACCCGUGGAGGACUGUCGGAGUAGAUAUCUUUGUUCCAAAAAAGAAGCUUGUUGAUGUUACUCACCCAGUAAUACUGCUGAAAGUUGGGAAGUGCAUGGAUUCCUUUAGAUUUAAGAAGUUGAAGAGUUGAUUUCUUAAGGCAAGCGGGUUUAUUCACCUAUAGAAAAUACUUCAAAGGACUGUCAAAGCCAGGAAAAAAAGAUAUACUAAUACAAAUAGGUAAGUGUUGACAGAGGUAAAUACAUUUUGUAAUUUUGAUUAAGUUAGUUUGACCUACAAGGGAUAACGGUAGAGAGGAAAUAGAUUAUAUGAAAUCAUAAAGAAGACCCCUAGGUAUCUGAAACCAUCAGAUGCAAUCUUGAAGGUUAAGACUGAUCAUGGAAGUUUUUUUUAGCUUCAGAGUUAACAAAAAAAAAAAAAUCUUGUAGCAAGAAAGUAGACAAAAUUUUGAUAGGAUAUCCAAAACUGGGGGUAGGGAGGCAGCAGGGUUUGAGAUCAAUGUCUUUUAAAGAGAAAAAACAGUUUAGGAGUUUGCAGUAUACCAAACAAUAUAACUGAAAUGAAAACAUAGAAGUCACUGUAAAUCCAAGUAAACAACUGCAGUUUCAUAAUGAAUUUAUUUUAAAGAAAGUACACAAAAACCAUUGUCGAUUUCAAUUUAGAGCUUUUUUCUGCUCUUCUAGUGAACCUGAAUUUUUGUACUUGGUUUGUUUAUUUGCUGAAUAUGUUGUCUAGCCGUAUAAAUAAUGUAUAUGCUAGCCAUGGUAUCAUAAUCUGGGCAGAGGCUAACACAGGGAUCUCGAACCCCACUCCUGGAUAAGUACCAUUCAACACACCUGCCUGCAAUUAUUAAGUGACCCUGAACACUUUGAUUAGUUGGUUCAGUUGUGUUUGAUUGGGGUUGGACCUGAAAUCUGUAGGACAGUAGUGCUUUAAUUUCCAAACAGUUUUUUGCCUUGUUCUAAAUCACUAUGUUAAGCCUAUAAUAUAUAUAUAUAUAUAUAUAUAUAUAUAUAUAUAUAUAUAUAUAUAUAAUUUUUUUUUUUUUUUAAGCUGUCAGGUAAAGAGGGACAGGCUACUACUAUAUGCAGUGAACGGCUUGAAGCAACAACAAUGAACAUUGAACUGUAGUAGUUCAAAAGUAGUUCACAUAUCAAAAGAUAAAAUUUGAAUAGCAUCACAUUUGCUGUUCUUUGACUAUGUUCACAAAAUGUUGCCAUCUCUAAAUUGUCUAUAAAUAGCUUAGAGCAGUUAUAAUAGUGUUAACCAUUUAACCUUAUGCAAUAUUAAUAAAUGUUGUUAUGUCAGCUAUCCUUCCGUUAUGUUAUUUUAAAACAAUUGUUUUCAACAAGUCAAAAAAACAGCAGAAUGAAAGCUUAAAAUCCAAACAUCCAAGUUUUGAUAUCACACUGAUAAGGCUAUCACAUGGUUAAUAUUCAUAAAAACCAAAGCAAAACAAUGUUCUUCUGCAGGUAACUUGUACUUGACCUGUGAAUACCACUUUCUUGUUCAUGCAAUGCAUAUUGUAGGUUGUUUUGAAAGCUGCUCUUUAGAAAACCACCAGAUCGCAGCAUUUAUGAUAUAUUGUAUGUCAGGGGUGUCAAACCAAAUUCCUGGAAGGUGGGAGUCCUGCAUAGUUUAGAUUCAACCCUAAAUAAAACUCUGCAGAGCUCCGCCCCUCCAGGAAUCGAGUUUGACACCCCUGCUUUAUAUUAAAAAAAAAUAAAAAAAUAAAAUGUACAUAUAUAUAUAUAUAUAUAUAUAUAUAUAUAUAUAUAUAUAUAUAUAUAUAUAUAUAUAUAUAUACAGAAUCAUUGGGAAAACAUUAUUCUAUAAAAAUAAAUAUGUACAGUGUAAUUGAAAAAGAAAAAUUAAGGCAUUUUGAUAAACAAUAAACUGUGCUGAAAAAGUAAUGAAUUAUAUACACACAAUUAUUUGUCACUGGACACUCUUAAAUCAGUGUUAUACUGUCAUGCACUUAUUCAUUAGAAUAUAUCAACCAUUUAUUUUAUUUUUUCAUUAUUAUUAACAAAUUGACUUUAUACUUCAGCUUGAUGUCACAGCAUUUUUAUAUAUAUAUAUAUAUUUUUUUAUUUUACAUAUAGUCUAUUCCAGCUUUCAGUUUGAAUUCUUGUUUUUGUAAAGCUAUACAUUGUGAUUUUGCUGUAUCACUUACCAAACAACCAAAAUAGUAAAAUGGAAUGCGUAAUUGAUUGUCAUUACUGUAAAAUAUUCCCCCCCAAAAAUAAAAUUCUUCAUUCAUAAAUUAAGUGGUAGACAAUAUCUAUCUAUCUAUCUAUCUAUCUAUCUAUCUAUCUAUCUAUCUAUCUAUCUAUCUAUCUAUCUAUCUAUCUAUCUAUCUAUCUAUCUAUCUAUCUAUCCAUCCAUCCAUCCAUCCAUCCAUCCAUCCAUCCAUAUAUAUAUAUAUGACCCUAAAGAUACUAUGCCACCUUGUUAUUAACUGUGUGAACUUAUGUGUUUAUUUGGAUUCUAAAUGCAAUGACAUGAUUGAGCUCAACACUAAUUACCUUAUCUUUUUGGUGAAACUUUUCCACUGGGCCAAUCAACUAUACUGCCUGGGACUACAUAAAAUACAUGCAAAAAAGAAUAUUUCCCCAUUGACUACCAUUCAAAAACUUUACUUAAAAAAAUUAGGAGUUAUCAGUCAUGUUCUUAAAGAUUUACUUAUCUGUGUAGUUCAGUGCUAACCCUGCUCAAACAAACUGAAAAAACAAGAAUGAUUUUGAUCAGCAUUGUAGUGCUCAUAGCAGAAGGCUCUCUCAGAUGGUUAUCCCCAUUUAAAGUAACCCAGAAAUGGCUAUUCUAAGCUUUAUUAUGGAAGUUAAUGGGUGUUAUUUUUAGUAAGUCCAAAAGAAGUCUAAUAAAGUGCAUCCAUCCAUCAUAAAACAUGUCCCACUCCGGGGGGUGAAUAAAAGCAUCCUGAAGUGAAUUGAUGCGUUUUUGUCAGACAAAUAUAAAUAUUGAAAACUUCAGAAAUGGUCAACUUUAGCUUCCGCUAACUGUCGAACUUGCAUUCACAAAAUUAAAUUCUGUUUAUUUCGGUCCUUACAGACAACUUUUCACAAAAAAAUAAAUAAAUAAAUAUAAAUAAAUAAAGUAUUAAGCCUACCCUUUAUACAUAUUUAACUGAUGUAUACUUGUCACUUUUUGUCACUUUUUCAAUAGAUUCGAUAUUACAAGAGUUAUAUAAUACAUUUAAAUAUAUAUAAAUGCUUGAUUACAAACAUACAUAAUUACAGAAAUACACAUUCCAGCUUUUACUUCAAUAUGUUAAAUACUUACAUAAUUGAUAAUGAGUCAUAAUUAUUUAAUAAUACAAUAAUACAAAUAAUUGCUUGAGCUUGAUUAAAUUGCUCUGGAGUAGUAGUUUUCAGUGUGCAGACUUCACUUCUUUAUUUGAUCAUAUAAUUAUUUAACACCAUAUUUUUAUACAUUUUCUUAAAUUUGCAAAAAGUGAAUUACAUAAUUUUCAUAAUUAUUCCAGAGAUUUACCCCUUUGACAUAUAUACAUAUUUUUAGCAUUAGUUCUUGCCCUUACUUUUUUAAACAUAUACAUUCCUCUUAGUAUUUACUGACUUUCUCUUAUUUUGAACAGCCUCUGAACACAAUUUGGAAGUAAAUUGUUGUAAACGUUGUACAUUAACUGUGCUGUUGAUAAAUCAACGAAAUCAGCACAUUUUAAUGCAUGUAAUUUAAUAAACAAUUUGUUUGUUGGUUCGUAAUAAUCAACCCUAAUCAAUUAACAAUUCUUAUAGCUUUACUGUAACAUAUAUAAUGAAUUUGUAUUCAUUUUACAUGUAUGACCCACGGGCAGACUGGCCAUCUGGCAUAUUAUGAUCUGGCAUGUUUGAUUAUUGUUCAGUUUUGAUUCUCUUUAGUUUAAAUUUUUCAUGGGCCCAGACCUGACUUUAUUUUCAUUCCGUUUUCCAAGUUAUUUUUAUUUGUAACUUUGUCUGGCAUUUAAUAAAUUAUUUUCUGGACGGAAA